AUGGCCGAAGGAGUUCUCUUCAACAUUGCUGAGGGUAUGAUUAAGAGUUUGGGUUCUCCUGCUCUCCAAGAGAUUGGACUGCUAUGUGGUUUCAAAGAUGAGCUUCAAAAGCUCACAAACUCGGUUUCCACUAUAAAAAAUGUGCUUUUGGAUGCGGAGGAGAAGCAGGCCCACAGCCAUGAGGUCAGAGAUUGGCUUGAAAAGCUGAAGGAUGCCAUGUACGACGCUGACGAUUUGCUGGAUGACUCCUCCACUCAACUUUUACGGCAACAAGUGAUGACACGGGAUAAGAAGGCAAAACAGGUACGCAUCUUCUUUUCCAAAUCGAACCAGCUUGUAUAUGGCCUUAAAAUGGGUCACAGGAUCAAGGCAGUUAGGGCGAGAUUGGAUGAAAUUGGAAAUGAUCAGAUCAAAUUUGGCUUCACUGAGCGCCUUAUAGUGAAACAUGAGUUUGAGCAUAGGAAAAGAGAAGACACACACUCUUUUGUUCGUGAGGGACAAGUCAUUGGGAGAGAGGGUGAAAAGAAGGCAGUUAAAGAGUUGUUAUUUGAUUAUAAUGUAGAAGAGAUCAUUUCCAUCAUUCCCAUAGUUGGGAUUGGUGGAAUAGGUAAGACCACACUUGCUCAGUAUGUGUUCAAUGAUGAUGAAGUCAAAAGACAUUUUGAGCUAAGACUCUGGGUGUGCGUCUCUGAUCCUUUUGAUGUGAAAACUAUUGUUGCAAAGCUCAUAGAAUCUGCAACUAAAAAGAGACCUGAAAGCCUUGAGAUGGAUUUGUUACAAAGUCAGCUUCGAGCAGAAACUGAUGGGAAGCUAUAUUUACUUGUUUUAGAUGAUGUAUGGAGUGAGAAUCGCGGUACAUGGUUGAAGUUGGAAAUACUUUUAUCGGGUGGCCGGAAGGGAAGCAAAGUUUUGAUUACUACACGUAGCAAAAGAGUUGCAGAGAUUACAGGCACAAUGUCACCGUACCUUUUGGGUGGUCUAUCUGAAAGCAAUUCUUGGAAUUUAUUUAAGAAAAUGGCAUUUAAAGAUGGGGAAGAGCCAAAGAAUCCAAAGCUAGUAGAAAUCGGAAGGGUUAUCGUACAAAAGUGUGCACAAGUUCCUCUUGCUAUAAGGAGCAUUGGGAAUUAUGGAAUUGAAGUGGAGGUGUUGAUUCAUCUAUGGGCGGCUCAAGGCUUUCUUCAUUCAUCAUAUGGAAACAGGCAUCUUGAAGAUAUUGGUCGCGAGUAUUUUAUGGAUUUGCUUUGGAGGUCAUUUUUCCAAGACGUACAAAGAGAUGGACUUGGUGAAAUAAUAAAGUGCAAAAUACAUGACCUUAUUCACGAUCUUGCACAGUCAGUAGCAGAUUCAUUAUCGAAUAUUCCUGCUCUUUUGCCCAAGGCUAACAAAAUGAGAACACUUCUUCUAGGAAUUCCAAUACUUCCAGGAAUUGAUGAUUAUAUCAAUGAGAACAUUGCAAUACAUGAGUCGAAUAAGCCAGUCUCUAAUACACUAAUUUCAAGUUUUAAAUGCUUGCGUGCUUUGAAUUUGAGUCGGUCGAGUAUUCAAAAAGUGCCGAGUUCCAUUGGCAAGUUAGAGCAUUUAAGAUUUCUAGAUUUGUCUAGGAAUGCAGAUAUCAAACUACUUCCCGCUUCUAUAACUAAAUUGCAGAAUUUGCAAACACUAAGACUUGACUUUUGUCGUGGGCUUAAAGAAUUGCCAGAAGACACUAGAAACUUAAUCAGCCUUAGGCAUCUUGGGUUAAAUGGGUGUAAUAGCUUGACUCAUAUGCCUUAUGGACUGGGAAAAUUGAUUGCUCUCCAAACAUUGGCGCUAUACAUUUUAGGGAAGAAAAAAAGUCGUCUCUCCAAGCCAAAGGGUGAGCUAAGGGAUCUGGAUGGUUUAGAUGAGUUGAGAGGAUUAUUAUGGAUCAAGGGUUUAGAGCACUCGAGAUCUUCUCCAUCGGAAGCAAAGACUGCAAACUUGGAGAGGAAACAACUUCGACAUCUCAUGUUAGAGUGGGACCCAAAAUCUAGUGAAGAAAGUGAUAAGGCAGUUGCAAACGAUGAACAACUGCUGCAAAACCUUCAGCCACACCUAAAUUUGAAAUGA